GUUUUAGAGCUCCAAAGACACACACCCAAACUCCCCCAUCGCCUCUUCGAGAGCUCGCUCUCCCUCGUCUCCGCUUCGAUCCAGCUACCCCAAACCCCAAUCGAUCCCCUCGGCUCCGUUCGCCUCCAUCUAUUCCUCUCGCAACCCGCUCCAAUUCUUCAAAAUCUCCAUCUCUCGUAGGAGGUAUGCCGGAUUCGCUCUCCUUGGUCCCCUAAGUUUCAAUUUUGUGUUGCUGUUCUGGGAUCAGAGGCGCGCUGGUUUUUUACUAGAUCCAUACGGGAUGGAUGGUGACUGGGGAUCUUUUUUUCUUACCGUGGAUUCCGUGGCGCGAUCGGUUUGGGUUCGUGCGUUGGAUUAGGAGUGACUUCUCUUGGUGAAGGGAUAUUGGUGUUUCGUUGCUAUGUCUUCGGUGGAGGAGGAGACGGUUGCUAUGAAGAGGGGGGUCGCGAACGGGGUUUCUGCGUCGAAGGAGGUCCGUGAACCGAAUCGGCAGAAGAAGAGGCGGUUGGUUUUGAGCGAUUCGGAUUCAGACGAUUGUUUGUUUUCUCUAAGCAAGGUGGAUCACAGGACCGAUCAGAACGGAGACAGCUCGAGCAUCGGUGAAGACAAUGGCGUGGAGCGGAUGGAAGAGAAAGGCAAGGUUGAGGUAGAGAAUAAGAAGAGGGUUUUAAGGCCAGAUUUCAUGAAGCGAAAUGAAGAGCUCAUAGUUUCUGACAAGAAAGAAGUUACCAAGCCAGAGUUGGAAAGAAGGAGUAGAGAGCCAGCUGAUGCCAAAGUUCCUGCAAAGAAACUGGAAAUGGAUUUUCCAGAACGAGGAGGAGGCAACAAUUCUGAAAUAUCAAAAAGAAAACUGUUGCAUGGUCGAGAUGACACAAAUGAUAUGGAGGCAGAAAAAGAUGUAGGUUCCAAACCUCUAGAUCCCACGAGCAGCAAGAGGGAUGGGUUGAUGGAGAAUGACACGCAGACACACUCUCCCAGGACUAGCAGGAGAGAAGCUGAAAAAGACAAGCCAAUAGAGUCAUCAGGUAAUCAAACACUUCGUAUGAGACAUAAUAGCAGCAGUUCUGCUAAUGAAAAGAGAGCAGAUACUGCCAUGUCACAAUGCAAAGCUGGUGUUCUGAGGUUGCAAGGGAAAAAUGGUGUCUUGAGGGUCUCACCAAGUAACAAAAGGGCAGAUGGGCUGAAGAACCUUCAUUCUAAAAGGAAAGAUGAGGAAAAAUUAAAGGCUGUAGGCUCUCCUAAGGAUUCCGCCCGAGGCACACCAAAGAGACCAUCUCUUUCUCCAGAUCAAAGAGUACAUGGAAAAUCAAGUACAGGAGCUACAUUCAGUAAGUAUCAAUCAAGAAAGGCAAAAAUUGACAAAACUGAGGAAAUUAGAUCCAGUAGACGAAAAACAAAGCCAGUAAUUGUUUCUCCGAAAAGAGAAAAAAAAAGAACGGAUAAGCUGAAGAGCAGGACUGGUUUGAAAAUAAAGAGCAGAUCCAGCUCAAAAGCUGCUUUUAUUGCAAAACAAAAAUUAAAUAAAACAAGUGUAGCACGCAGCACUGAAAAACAGAACCUCAGGGAUCAGAUAAAAAACAUACUUCUUAAUGCUGGUUGGACAAUAGAUCUGAGGCCAAGGAAAGGCAGAAACUAUGAAGAUUCUGUUUAUAUUCCUCCUGAAGGAAAAAGUGGUUAUUGGUCAAUUACAAAGGCUUAUGCUGCAUAUCAGGAACAACUGAACAGGGCAUGCAAUGAGAGGGGCAAUAAUUCUUCAGGAAGAUCCUCUAAAACAUCUUCUGGCAGUGACUCUGUCGUACCGAUGGAAUCCUUGGAUAUACUAAAGAGAAUUGUUAACAAGAGAGGGAGGAGGGAAGAGCUCAAGGAAACUCAAAGGGGCAAAAAGAAAGUAAAGAGAAGUUCUGACAUGAGGCAUGCUAGACAUCAAGACACUCAGGAUAAGCUUGAUGAUAAUAGAGGCAGAAAGAAGUCAAACAGUGCCUUGCCCUCAAACAUGAAGAUUGCUGUUGGUUCCACUGUUCUUAAGCAUGUUCAAAAAGGAAGAAACAAACAGAGAGGAUGUGCUCUGUUGGCUCGUGGCAGCAACCAGGAGGCAGAAGCUGAAGAUAAUGAUUAUGUUCCAUACAUCUGGAAAAGGACAGUUCUCUCGUGGAUGAUAGAUAUGGGUGUCUUGCCCAUAAACGGAAAAGUGAAAUACAUGAACCAGAGAAAAACAAAGACAAAGCUGGAAGGCCGGAUAACAAGAGAUGGUAUUAAUUGCAGUUGCUGCAGUAAAAUUAUUCCUGUGCCAAAGUUUGAGCUUCAUGCUGGAAGCAAACUUCUCCAGCCAUCACAAUAUAUAUUUCUGGAAGAUGGAGGAGUUUCCCUGUUGCAGUGUCAGCUUGAUGCAUGGAAAAAGCAGGAUGAGUCAGAACGCCAAGGAUUCUACUGUGUUGAUGUAAGCGGUGAUGACCCAAAUGAUGAUACUUGUGGCAUCUGCGGUGAUGGUGGUGACUUGAUCUGUUGUGAUGGUUGUCCUUCAACAUUCCAUUUGAGUUGUUUGGGCAUUGAGAAGCUUCCUCCUGGAGAUUGGCACUGUACAAACUGUUGCUGCAGAUAUUGUGGGGGUAUCUCUGCUGAUGCCACCCGAGAAACGGAUGGAACAGUUUCUUCGUUACUCUCGUGCCACCAGUGUGAGGCAAAAUACCACCAAGGCUGUGUUCCUGAUGCAGAAUCUGUUUCUGCCAUUACCAAGAAUUUGGGCAUGUCUUUUUGUGCCCAAAGUUGCAGAAAGGUUUUCAAACGAUUGCAGAAGAUUCUUGGGAUCAAGAAUGACUUGGAAGCAGGAUUCUCAUGGAGUGUUAUUAGGCGUUUUGAUGAGGAUGCUCCCAAAACACCACUGAAGUCUCAUUUAAUUGCUGAAUGCAACUCGAAGGUUGCUGUUGCCCUUGCAGUUAUGAACGAGUGCUUUCUUCCGAUUAUUGACCAGAGAAGUGGUGUUAACCUGAUUCAUAAUGUUGUGUAUAACUGUGGAUCAAAUUUCAAUCGGCUGAACUAUAGGGGUUUCUACUCUUUUAUUUUGGAGCAAGGUGAUGAAAUUAUUUCUGUGGCAUCUAUCAGAAUUCAUGGAACUAAGCUGGCUGAAAUGCCUUUCAUCGGGACGAGAAACAUGUAUAGACGCCAAGGGAUGUGCCGUCGGCUUCUAGAUGGAAUUGAAUCAGCUCUCUUCUCUCUUGAUAUCGAAAAGCUGGUUAUACCUGCUAUUUCUGAACUGAAGGACACAUGGUCUAAUGUAUUUGGCUUUAAACCUCUUGAGGUUUCACAAGAAUUAGAAGUUAGAUCCAUAAAAAUAUUGGUUUUUCCUGGUACUGGUUUAUUACAGAAGCCACUCCUGAAAAUGCAUUCUUCUGUACAAUAUUCAGCUGUCGAUGGAGUUGAUAAUGACAUCAAACAUCAGCAUCAGACAAUAUCAACUCAUGUAUCAUCUGAGUUCUCAUCUAUUGAGCCCAACCUCCAUAUUCCUGGUCAGGAUGUUGUCCAUUGCAUAAAUCCAAAUCAAGAUGCAGAACCUAGCUUGUCAUCUUCUAGAGUUUCACCUGAUUCUUCUGAUUCUCCUCGACCCAAUUGUAAAUCUCAAGAAAACAAGAUUUCGGAGACUGCUGGUGAUUUGUGCAUGCACAAUUUUCCUGGGGGAGGUUUAUCAGGUUCUCAUGAUGAAGAUAAAUGUCAAGUUGAUUUUUCAACUAAUCAACAAGCUGAGUUGAUUAGUGAGCUAACUUUUUUUGAUAGUCAAGAAGGGGAAAAUGUAGAAGCUAAUCCAUCCGCCGAUCUGCAAGAAUGUGAUUCUGUUUCUAAGCAGAGUUAUCCGGAUGGUUUUGCCUCUGAUACUAAAAAAUCAGGAUCUGCUUCUCUUAGCAUGCAUUCCACAGAAUUUAACUUGUUGCAACAUAAAUUGGAGGAUCAUUGCACUCCUCUAGGUAUUGAUACUUUCACAUUGAAACAGAAUGUUAGGAUGAAUGUAGAACUUCCACUAGGCUCCUUGGAGUCUACAUCAACUCCUAGUCUUCAAUGUCAUGUGACAACCAAAGCUCAUUCUCCAAAUUCAUCAGAGAGCAAUGACCAGGUAUCUUCUGAAUCUGCCCAUGAUGCAAAUCAUUUUGAAAAAUCUCUUAUGGUGCAUUUAGAGCCAUGCUUUCUGUUAAGCAAUGAAAUGAUGCAUAGCAUUUGUAAGGUGAAAGCUAAAGAUUCCAUCCUUGAUCCAAAGUCCUCUGUAAAUGAUGGGAACUCAGAACCUUAUGCUUUUGAAAUUGUUAAAAGAUGUCUGAAUGUUGCUGCUACAGAAGAAAGUGGGGCUUCUUGCUCAAGUGCUGCAGUUCCUGAUUCUGAUGAAAAUACUAGGUUUUCUAUACAGCAAAGUAUUUUAGACACAGUUUACGUAACAAAUGGUACUGUUUGUGAAUCAAACUUAUCUUGUGUUGUUAAGAGCUGCAGGAUACCAAGUGAGACUAACCAUUCUCACAUGGCUUGUUCUGGGAUGCUAGAUGCAGAUAUCCAUGAUGUUCAGCCUAAUUUAACACCUAUCAAUUUCGUUGCUGCUGAUAUUUUGGACAAGUCUCAUCAUAUUUGCAAUGAGUUCACAAAUGGAACUGAAAGUAAAAAAUGAUGACAUAUCCUUUGAUCAAUGUAUUGAUGAUUGUAGUCUUCACGAUGCUUCUGUGGACAUAAAGAAGUUUGAUUUAGGUUCAGAACCUUCUUAAUGGCUACUGAUAAACCCUUUGUGGCUUAAUCCCAGCAGAACAUCUGUUUACUGGUGUUGCUGGGUUUCCUGUUGGGGAUGAUAUUCAUAUGAUACACAAGGUUUUUCUGAGGCAAGAUGCACAAGGUUGUUAGUGGACCCCGCAGGUUGCCAGUUGUGUACUGGAGAAUUAUUUUGUUGAUUCAUCUUGUAAAUAGUAAAGGCCUUUAAAAUCAUCCAAGCCCCUCUAUUGUGAGUAAGAAAGAUUAUCUUAAAGGAAUCUUAUCAUCUGAGCAUGGUGAGAAUGGUGCGUUAUUUUUCACAUGAAGUAUAUGGUGAUCUAUUACAUAAUCAUCCUCAGUUUCAAUCAACAUUUCGCUGAGUUACCAUUGAGUUUCUAACAGAAGUGCAAAAUGAAGUAAACUAACCUAGUUUUGGUCAUACUUGUCACUUGCGGUACCAAGUUCGCAGACCUAGCCUCCAGGAUUGCAACUGUCAUCAUCUGGUCAUUUCUGUUCUAUUCAUCCACAGCUUUGAACAGUUUCUCCGACACCUUUCAAUCCUUUUGUGUUUUCUUGUAGCCAAUUUAUCCACUAGAUUAAUUCUGGUAUUUCCAGAAACUUGGUUUUGAGCUUAAGAUUGAUGUUAUUAUACUUGCUGAUGGAUGUAGAUGAAUUGGAGUGCAUGAAUUUAAGGGAUUCUAAAACUUAAAGGAAGGUUCAAAUAACAAUCUCAUAGUUGUGUAAGAUUUGAGUCAUGUAUCUAACUCAAGGGUAUGUUUGUUAUAACUUCUGUGAGGUUUUGGUUGGGAAAUUGAGGGCCGCAAUAUGUUAUUUCUAAUAACAUGAAGUUCCAUUUUAAUAUUAGAAAGUGUUCUUUGAACAAAAUGUACUUGAUAGUUCUGAUUAUUCGAACGUUGAAAGUUCAAUACAGUGUAUCUUCUUGUUGGGCAUUUCUUUCUAGUUAUUUUGUUAUCUUAUGCAGAUAUUAGUUAAAUUUGUCUUUAUUUGUUGAGAUCACCCAAGCUUUGGCCUUUUUUUGUCCAACUAUGAAGCUGCAUCAUUCAGUCAAAUCUGCCCCUUCCUGGGUUGGUUGUGGUUGGUCAUCAACUUAAUGCUGUUACUAGUACAUUCCAACUUUAAUAAAAAACAACUGGAUCUAGUUGAAAAAAGGAAUAAGUUUUUUCUACAGCUCUAGUUGGUUCAGAAUUUUCUAGACUGCUGUGUGGUGGUUUAUAUUUUUUUUAACUAGUUUUUUCCCCUGUCAAAAUUGAUUAACAAUGGUUUGUGAAGAUCAACAUACAAAAUCUGGGUCCUGUCAUAGGACUGGUAAGGUUCCAUCAUGGAUCAUCAAUAUACUAGCACUCAGUACGGAUUAGUACCGUUCAGAAUGAAGAGAAACAGUAAUAAGAGGGGAUGAUAAAGAGAAGAGAUGGAGGAAGAUGACUGGUAGAGAGAGGAGGAAGAAAUAUACCAGUAGGAGGAUGAGGAGAAAGGAGCGGCAUGGUAAGGCAAAGGCAGUGGUGGCCAAGGAGCGGGGAAAGAGUGUGUGAGAGAGUGCAUGAGAAAGGUACGUGAGCUUGCCAGGUGUAAUAGUCCAUACUGGACCAAACUAUACUGAUGGAGAACUAUCGAGUCUUACAAAGGAUUACAGAAAAAUUUAUUCUAGGCAAAUAUAUCAAUAAAAAAUCAUCAAUUAGUUGACCUAGAAAUUCUAACAGUUAGGUUGAAAAUUGAAAAGUCUUUUGGUCUUUCUAGGGACUCCCUUUGUAUUAAGUGCACUCUUGUAUUAAUUGUGUUGAUAUACUAUUUAGGUAUCCUAGAAGUUACAUUUUGGAUUUUUAAAAGAGAUACUAAUUCCGUAGGAGAUUACUCUUGGAAAUCAUUGGCUUAUUAAUUGUUUCAAGGCUUCUAAACCCCUAUAUAUAGUGGAACUUGUUAAUGGAUCAAAUAUUUUCAGAUUUGAAUGAAAAGAAUUGCAUCUUCUCUAGUCUUUUAUUCUCUUUUGUUAUCUCACAAUUCUCUCUCUACUUCCCUAUUCUGUUCUACAUCAGUUCAGUAUUAGAGGAUAUCAACAAACUUGCCUUAUACCCCAUUAGGUUCCAACUAGCAUCAAAAGGUUCGAUCAACACUCAAGGAUCCUUGCACCUCCAAUGUCAACCCCUUGCGUGUGGAGUUGGUCCUUAGGGUGAUUGUCCCAUGUGGAAUUGGACCAUAUAACUCUUAUUAUCGAGUAAAAUUUUGAAAACUUUACUAAUAUUUUUUAUUGGAUUGAAAAAUUGUAUAUUUCAUUGUAUCAUAAUUUUCAUCACUUCUCCCCUUGUUUUCUUCUUCUUUUUUUUUUCUUAAAUUUAUCAUCUUCCCUCACCCCUUUAGUGGCAACUACAGUACCACUAAAAUUUGAACCCUUGAAAGUUAAAAAAAAAAGACAAAAAGUGAAAAAAAUGAAAACCAUUUGAAACUUUACAUUUUUAUCUUGUGCAUUACAACAAUUAAUAAUCUCAUUACCAAAAAGUAAUUUGUCGAUAGCAUUAGAAUCAUGACUCGAUGAGGUGAAAAGCAAAUCAAUCAUGAUGAGUCCCUAAACCAAUAGAGUGAGGUAGACACCCUUAAAGACCAAGCUAGCAGAUCAUGACACAAUAUUGAAUUAGUUAUGUGACCAAAUAACUCAAGUCGUAAGAGCUUUCUAACAUUUUGAAAAACGACCCAUGAAUGAGGAGAUUGAUGAGUCGGUUAGUUAACAUGUCUAUUCUCCCCAAUUCGUAGCUUCAAAUUAAGGAAUUUUACCUACUUCCCAAGCCCUAGUUCAAACAAAUCCUAGGUCCACCUAUAGGGCACCUAUUCACAAUCAUGCUCCAAUAAUUCCUGAUGGCCAAGCUUUUGACCUUAAUGAUGAAUUCCUAGAACCUAUAGAAAUCCAUAAACCUGAGUAAUGGGCCAACGAGUUCGACUUGCUGACAAUAUGAGAGAAAUGGCUAGAAGAGUUAAAGUGGAUGUGUUGGACUUUGACAGUAGGUUUAACCCUGUGUUUGUUGACCGGUUAUAUAGCAUGGAAGACUACUUUGAGUGGUAUGGAAUGAUUAAUAUUGAAUGUGUACGAUUUGCAAAAAUAAAACUAAUAGGCUCCGUUUGAAAAUAUUGACAACAUGUCCAACGUAAUCUCGAACACCGUCCAUAGCCUCUCAUCACUCAAUGGGAAGUCAUGAAAUAAAAACUUUUAAGGAAAAAUAUUUAAUAACCUACUUUCGAAGCCAAUUAGUUGAAAAAUUGUUAAACAUUAAAUAGUUGAAUUCUAGUGCGGUAGAGUAUUUGCCCCAAUUUAAGAAACUUUUACUUAUGUGUGAAAAAGAAAAGUACCAAAUUAUCAUUGUUCGAAGAUUUGUUUAUGGGUUGAGGUUUGACAUCCAACUGGAAGUCUCCUUUAGUUUCCUUGAUACCAUGGAGGAAACUUCCUGAUGAGCCCUUGAGAUUAAGGACAUCAAAUCUUAUCCAAUUCGUCAAGCAUCAUCUCAGUUUCUUGACAAUAGAACUAUUACCCAAUCUACCCCAAAUAGUGGCUCUGUCAAGUAAAAAAUCCCAUGAAUUGUCAAACUCAUUCAACUACUGAUUCUCAAACUAGUUCGUUUUCAAUCUAGUGUUAUUAUUACCAUAAUAGAGGUCACUUGGCCUCUCGUCCUCAAUGUACCCUUACCUUAAAACAAUAACCAAAGGAUCAAAUCGAGGGAGUAAACCAAGUAGUUGAAUCGGAAGCCUACUUAGGUGAUGAAAACGAACUAGUAAUUGAAGGUGCUCAUGUUAAUGUUGUUCGCAUAAUUCUCUCUACUGCUAGUGAUUCCAAUGAAUGGAAGAAGAUAAGUAUCUUCCAUACUUUUAUUCGAAGCAUGAAAAAACUUACAAAUUAGUUAUUGAUGGGGGUAUCACACUAUCACCAUGAACGUAGUCUAAAAUUUGCUAUCAAGAGAUUAAACAGUAAGGUAGAAUCACACCCGAUUCCAUUCAAACUAGCUUGGGUUGAAAAAACCACACUUCCAGUGACUGAGAGAUGCCUAGUACCCAUUAAAAUGGGUAAGAUGAGAUUUACUGUGACGUUCUACCAUUAGAUGUUGCCUACAGUCUUUUAGGUUGGCCUUGGUUGUAUGACCUUGAUGCAAUCAACCAUGGAAGAGAAAACACCUGUCUUUCCAUACAAAGGUAAAGACAUUAUUCUGCGACAAACAAAACCGUCAGAAAAGGUCAAAUCAAGAACAUCCAAAUCUCAUCCACAAGCCCCAACAAUCAAGGGACUUCACUUACUGGAUCCUAAAUCUUUUGUAAUUAAGCUUUGUUCUGGUACUCAAAAUAAAGCUGUUGAUGUCCUUAGUAAAAUUCUAUAAUCCUAUUUACCAUGAGUGUCAAGGUCAUAGGAUUCGAGCAAUUAAAAGAAGAGUAUACCCAAUGUCUAGACUUUAGUCACAUAUAUUGAGAAGUCCAAGAUGGAAACCGUCGUGAACAUACAAACUUCAUUCCUAAGGGUGGUAACCUUUUUCGAUCCACUAGAUUGUGUAUUCCCCGAUCCUCCCUUCGAGACAUUUGUUUGGGAAAUGUACGUGGGUGGAUUAACAUGUCGCCUAGGUCAAGACAGGACCAUUGCAUUAAUCGAGGAUAGAUUUUAUCGGUCUUCCUUAAAGCAAGAUGUUGCUCGAGUGUGUCGGAGUGGCACUUGUCAAAUUGCCAAAACUCGCAAACACAAUACUAGCAUAUACACUCCAUUACCCAUUCUGUAAUUACCAUUGCAAGAUGUGAGUUUAGAUUUUGUUCUUAGGCUUCCCAAAAUAGCCUGUGGAGAUGACUUUGUUCUUGUUGUUAUUGAUCAAUUUUACAAAAUGACUCACUUUAUCUCAUGUGACAAGACCAACGACGUCUCACAUAUUGCUAAAUUGUUAUUUCGAGAAGUGGUUAAAUUACAUGGCUUGCCUUAACCAUGGUAUCGGAUAGGGAUGUGAAAUUUAUCAACUUUUGAAAAACUGUGGAAACUGUUUGACACAACAUUGAAGUUCUCUUUAGCCUUUUACCCCCAAAUUGAUGGUUAAACUGAGGUUGUUAACCAUUCCUUGAGAAUCUCCUUAGAUGUUUAGUUGGGGAGAAACUCGAAAAACUGAGACUUAAUCUUACUCGAUGCAAAA